AUUCGCAGUCAACUUCCGGAUAACAACCGUGUAAACUUAGCAACGAGAUAAUCAGUGAAGCUGUCGGAUUUCUUCCAGUGUUUAUCUUUAACUUGUUUUCAAAAUGUACAAACUCGAUCUUCCAGUAGAUUACAAGGAAGCGGCUGCAAUUGAGCGCCGUCGGUUGAUGGAAGAUCAAAGAAAGUCAAGAAUCUUUAAUUCUAAAUGCAGAACUAUUGGGGUAGACUUACAAGCUAUUGAACAGCAAGUUAGAGACAAAAAGGAACAGGAGGAUUAUGAAAGGAAACGAAGUGAAGCCUUCGCUGCUGAUGCUGUUAGAAAUGACAAAAUUUCUCAGAUGUUAGAGAAAAGACAGGAGCAAGAUGUUAGAGCAUUAAAUCAGGCAUUAAAUGAUUUCCGAUCUUUACACCAACAGCCAGAUGGUCGUAGAGAGUUUGAUUUAUAUGACCCUGAUUAUUUGAAGAAAGACAAACCUGGACGUGUCAGUGAUGAUGAUCCAAGAUGUGGUAUUUCAAGUAUUCAAAAAUUUGAAGGUGAAGAUCUUAAUAAUAAGGCAAGAACAAAAUUCCAACAAGAACAAUUGAGAGAAUGGUCAACACAACAAGCCAAUGAAAAAGAUCAAGCUAGACGUAAUCAAGAUGAGGCAGAUCGUUUAUAUCAACUGAAAAUGAGGGAAUUAGAUCAACGAGGAAUGGAACUUGAAAAAGCUGAAGAUGAUUGUAAACGGGCAAUAAAUAUGGCAACCACAGAUUACAACAAUGCACUAGCAAGAGAAAGAAAUGAACGUGAGAGACUAAAGAAACAGCAAGAAUUUGAUGAUAACAUGACAGAAAUUGCCAAUCACAUAUUUGGUGAUACUUUAACAGAGAACCCUGCUGUUGCUCAAAGUGCCUUUGGUCCUCAUCGUGUCAUCCCAGACAGAUGGAAGGGAAUGAGUCCACAACAAUUAGAGGCUAUACGAAAGGAACAAGAAAAACAAAGGCUAGAGAAACAGCGAAGAGACCAGGAAGGUGAACUAAGAGAAAUUGAACAUGCUAGACAAGCUAAUGCCAAUGCCAGAGCUGGUAUGUUGUUAGAGAGAGAAAUGGACAGGAAACACAAAGACAUCAACAGAGAAAUGGCCGAUGAAAAUAGACGUUUAGGUCUUGAACAGGAAUCACACAAACAGUAUUUGGAGAAAGAAGUGUACACCAACCCACCAACGGCCUCUUAUUUCAUGCAGUUCAACACAAGCACACGAUAAUCUGGACAUAACUUAAUUAUUUGUUUUUAAAUUUACUUAUUCAUAUGUGUUUUAUGACAGAAAAAAAAGAAAUAAACUGUCCUCAAUUAAGACAAGCCAUUUACAUAUGUCAGUAGAAAUCGGACAGUUGACUUGGCUAGUCUGAUGUAUAAUUUUAUAUUAAUGAAUGUGACGAGUGAAAGGAAUCUGUAUGACUGUGAAUCUCAAAUGAUGGCUUUUACACUUCUGUAAUAGUCUAAAUAAUAAUGGGUGGAUUUUAAUAUAUUUAUGAAUUACAUGAUGUAGCAGUGUUCCAUUUUUAGCUCACCUGGCCCGAAGAGCCAAGUGAGCUUUUCUCAUCACUUGGCGUCCGUCGUCGUCCUGCGUUAACUUUUACAAAAAUCUUCUCCUCUGAAACUACUAGGCCAAAUUUAACCAAACUUGGCCACAAUCAUCAUUGGGGUAUCUAGUUUAAAAAUUGUGUCCGGUGACCCCGCCAACUAACCAAGAUGGCCGCCAUGGCUAUAAAUAGAACAUAGGGGUAAAAUGCAGUUUUUGGCUUAUAACUCAAAAACCAAAGCAUUUAGGGCAAAUCUGACAUGGGGUAAUAUUGUUAAUCAGGUAAAGAUCUAUCUGCCCUGAAAUUUUCAGAUGAAUCUGACAUUCCGUUGUUAGGUUGCUGCCCCUGAAUUGGUAAUUUUAAGGAAAUUUUGUUGUUUUUGGUUAUUAUCUUGAAUAUUAUUUUAGAUAGAGAUAAACUGUAAAAAGCAAUAAUGUUCAGCAAAGUAAGAUCUACAAAUAAGUCAACAUGACCAAAAUGAUCAGUUGACCACUUUAGGAGUUAUUGCCCUUUAUAGUCAAUUUUUAACCAUUUUUCGUAAAUCUUAGUAAUCUUUUAGAAAAAUCUUCUCCUCUGAAACUGCUGGGCCAAAUUAUUUGAAACUUGGCCACAAUCAUCAUUGGGGUAUCUAGUUUAAAAAUUGUGUCCGGUGACCCCGCCAACUAACCAAGAUGGCCGCCACGGCUAAAAAUAGAACAUAGGGGUAAAAUGCAGUUUUUGGCUUAUAACUCAAAAACCAUAUAAUUUAGAGACAAUCUGACAUGAAGUAAAAUUGUUAAUCAGGUCAAGAUCUAUCUGCCCUGAAAUUUUCAGAUGAAUUGGACAACCUGUUUUUGGGUUGCAGCCCCUGAAUUGGUAAUUUUAAGGAAAUUUUGCUGUUUUUGGUUAUUAUAUUGAAUAUUAUUAUAGAUAUAGGUAAACUGUAAACAGUAAUAAUGUUCAGCAAAGUAAGAUCUACAAAUAAGUCAACUUGAACGAAAUGGUCAAUUGACCCCUGUAGGAGUUAUUGACCUUUGUAGUCAAUUUUCAAUCUGCUUCCUUUGUUUAAUAUUCACAUAGACCAAGGUGAGCGACACAGGCUCUUUAGAGCCUCUAGUUAUGUCUCUACCCGUUUAUUCUGCUCUAAUGAAGACAGAGAAAAGGUGAAUGACACAUAAUAUAGAUUUUGAAAAAGAAAAUAUGAUAAUGAUAAAAAUUGUGCUAUUUUCAGAAAAGCUCUAGAAUUAUACUUUGCAUGAAAUUAUCUAUUGCCUUUUUCCAGCAAAAGCAGUGUGAUUUAUUUUCUUGUUGUUUUAAGUGCUUGCUAAUGUUACUCAUAGUUGCAGUUUGAAAAAAUAGUCAUGUAAAUGAUUGUUAAACAUUUAGCAUAUUAAUUUCAUAAGUCGAAAUAAAUCCCAUAUUGUUUGAUAUCAAGUUUUAGGGUCACAUAUAUCAUUUUUUGUUAUGUACAUAUGUAUAGAAUAAAUUGUACAUUCCAUUGUAACUGUGAUAUAGUCUGAACUAUUUAUAAAGAAGUAAAACAGAAAAGUUA